AGAUUCAUAACAGAGUGACCGGGCCAUUAAUGGAGUCAGUCUCGUUUAAUUGUGAACAGCUGGACCACUCUUCUAACAUUUUGUUUUGUGAUUUGAUGUUCACCUUGUCCGGGGCACAGUUUAUCAUAUUGACAUGCAUGCUAAAGGCUAUUCUCCUUUCCUAAACUGACAUUUUUCUCUACUGAUGUCGUUUGGCCAAUUAAGUGAACGUUAUUAAUGUUAAAUAUUUAGUUGUCAUACUUAUCAUGGAGAUUUUGCUAUUUUUGAAAUAUUUUGUUGCAACUUUGGAAGUUAAGUGAUUUUUCUUCAUGUGGUUUGCCCGUAUUUAUGAAUGGUUGUCUGGAAAGUGUGCCAUGGCCAGUUCAGUUGCUUCGGAGUAUACAAUUGGUGGAAUUAAGAUUGUCUUCCCCUGCAAGGCGUACCCGUCCCAGCUUGCAAUGAUGAAUUCCAUUGUAAAAGGGUUGAACUGCCGUCAGCACUGUCUCUUAGAGAGUCCAACUGGUAGUGGGAAAAGUCUUGCCCUCCUUUGUUCAGCUUUGGCCUGGCAGCAGGCCCAGUAUGGUAAACCAAGUGAAGAAAAUUCUCAAAAAUCUAAGAAGCCAAAGAGUUUUUCUUGCUCAUGCUCUUGUCAUAGAGUAGAUCAGAACAUUUACCCGGAAAUCCAUGAGACUGUAAACAAGAAUGGUACAACACCAAGAAAUGAACAUCCUCUCACCAUUAAGGACACUUUGUCCUCUGCUUGCCCUGCACGAAAUACAUUAGCUUCUAGGCUUUCACAAAAGCUGCAGAAUUCUCACAACUCAGACGAGGAUGAUGUGUUCCAGAUGGGCGGAAAGCGUCUUCGCACUUCAGCUGGAGAUGGGAAGGCUCACAAACGUCAAUGCUUAGAGAAAAGAGAACAGUUUACUGAUGAUAUUUCUGUGAAUGGACAUUGUGUGCUAAAACAGGACCGAGGAACCCCCAGCUUGCAUGGUGAAACAGCAAGUAUAUGCCUGGAUUCAGCUAUAAAGCCCUCAAGCCCUUGCAGCUGCUGUCAGUGCAAUUUUGAAAAGGUAAAGGAGAAAGAUGAAGACAGUUAUGAAGGAAAAAGGCCACAAGUUCCUAAGAUCUUCUUUGGAACACGCACACACAAGCAAAUUGCUCAGAUCACACGGGAACUUCGCAGAACCACAUAUUCCUCUGUUCGGAUGAGUAUUUUGUCAAGUCGUGAUCAUACUUGUGUGCAUCCUCAUGUUUUAGCUGGUGGAAACCGCAAUGAGAAAUGUAGAGAACUUUUGGAAUCAAAAGAUGGGAUAUCCUGUCGCCACUAUCACAGUGUCCAUAAGAUGCGGGACCAGAACUCAUUGCAGUGGGUUCAUGGUUUGCACCAAGCAUGGGACAUUGAAGAACUGGUAAAGCUUGGCAAAAGGCUGCGCGCCUGUGCAUAUUUUGCUGCAAGGGAACUUAUGCAGGAAGCAGAUAUUGUAUUCUGCCCCUACAAUUACCUUCUUGACCCUCAAAUAAGGGAAUGUAUGGACAUCAAAUUGACAAAUCAGAUUGUAGUCCUGGAUGAAGCGCAUAAUAUUGAAGAUUGUGCCCGAGACUCUGCUAGCUACACAACAACUCUCACCCAACUUCUUUUGGCCCGUGAAGAGCUGGAUAGUAUGGUGAAUCACAACAUCAGACGAAGUGACCAUGAUCCACUCCGUGCCCUGUGCACCAGCCUUACCAACUGGAUCCAAGAGACUUCUGUUUCUCUGGUUGAGAGAGAAUAUGAAACUUCCUGUAAGGUGUGGAAUGGUAAAGAGAUCCUGACAGUUUUUCACGGUCUAGGAAUCACAGAGGCCACCUUUUCCAUCCUGCAGAAUCACUUGCACACUGUGAUUGAAAAGGAAGAGAAGGUUACUCUUGUCAAUGGGAAAGAAGAGGCUGUACAAGUCCCAACUGUCAGUGCACAAACUCAGACGGUUUUGAAAGGACUCUUCAUGGUUCUCGAGUUCCUCUUCAGACAUAAUUGCAAAUUUGCUGAGGAUUACAGAAUUGUUCUACAACAAACCUACACAUGGGAUAGCCGGCCUGAUGCUCCUGAUGCUAAUGGAUUUUUUGCACGACCUAGGAGAAAACGUAAUUUACAGAAGACAGUUGUUCUUACCCUAAACUUUUGGUGCCUAAAUCCUGCAGUGGCCUUUUCAGAUCUUGGUGAAAGUGUGCGGACUAUUGUGUUGUCUUCUGGAACUUUGUCUCCAAUGGCCUCAUUUUCUUCAGAGCUUGGGGUGAAGUUCUCCAUCCAGCUGGAGGCAAGCCAUGUUAUCAAGAGUUCACAGGUAUGGGUUGGCACCAUUGGAAUAGGACCAAAUAGUCGGAAACUAUGUGCAACCUUUCAGCAUACAGAGACAUUUGACUUUCAAGAUGAAGUUGGAGCAUUACUCCUAAAAGUCUGCGAGCUAAUGUCUCAUGGUAUCCUGUGCUUUCUGCCAUCCUACAAGAUGUUGGAUAAGCUUCGAGACCGCUGGAGGCAAACUGGACAGUGGGAUAGAAUGGAAAGAGUGAAGACUGUUAUUGUUGAACCAAAAGGAGGAGAUAAAGCAGACUUUGAUGAGCUGUUGCACAUGUACUAUGAGGCUGUGGGAGAUGGAGCUUUAUUAAUUGCUGUCUGCCGAGGUAAAGUGAGUGAAGGUCUUGAUUUUACAGAUGAUAAUGCUCGCGCUGUAGUCACAAUUGGGAUUCCUUUUCCCAAUAUUAAAGAUCUGCAGGUGGAGCUCAAAAGGAAGUAUAAUGACCAGCAUUGCAAAACACGUGGUCUUUUAUCAGGCAGCCAGUGGUAUGAGAUUCAAGCAUUUAGAGCUCUCAAUCAAGCAUUGGGAAGGUGUAUCAGGCAUAAGAAUGACUGGGGUGCACUUAUACUUGUGGAUGAUCGCUUCAGAUGCAAUCCUAAUAAAUAUAUUAAUGGCCUUUCUAAGUGGGUCCGCCAGCAGGUUCAACACCAUGUCAGCUUCAAAAAUGCCAUGGAGUCCUUGGUGAACUUUUCUGAUAGACACACACAGGCUGUCUCUCCUACAAAUAAAACUACAGAGCACUUGGCUGUCAUGCAGAACAGCACAUCACCAGGAGCUUCUGUAACAAUUGACCUAUCCUCUCAUAAUCUCUUGGAUACCAAAUGUGCCAUUCUAAAUGAGGAGAAACAUGUGCCUUUAUUAAAUGAUGGUUUAACUUUAUAUCAAGAAGUUAAGCAAGAACCUGACUGUAAUGAGGCUUCAUCUUCAUUCUCUGUGUUGAGAUCAAGUGGGCUUCAGUCCAUAGGAAGAACUGCUGAAAAUAAAAAAUGCUUAGAUGAGGAGGAAAUGUCCACCAGCACCAGACAGAUGUCCGCCGAACACUUUUUCAACAACCCUUUAACAUCGACACCAACGCCUUUGACAUUUAGAAAACCUCUGUUUCAUUCAAAGUGGAUAAAAAAAAAGGAUGAAGAUGAGCAUGAAAAGAAUGCUGCUGAUGUAGAUAUGCAGAGUGAGAUAUCUGUUAUAAGUAUGGAUAUAGUUUCAGCAGCUGUUGAAAGAAAACAGAAAAUACAAGUUGAUGAAUUCCAGAGUCAUUUCAAAGACAAUUGUAUCCUGGAAUGUUCCACGGUAAAGGAGCAAGUAAGCGUGCCUUCCUUUGAAGCUACUGAAAAGUCUUUUGCAGAGAUAUCUCAGGAUGCUGAAAAUGAGGACGAUCAAAGCAUUUACUUCACUCCUGAGCUGUUUGACAUGGAAGAGAGCAAAUUAGAGAAAGAUCAAAUAGAAGAGGGCUCUAUAGUAGGCUUGGAAGUCAAAGGUUCUGACAUUGAAAUACUUUCUGUAGACCAACAGUGUGAGCCAUCUUUUUCAGACUUAAACAAGGUUUCUGUUUCAACAGAAGAUCAUUUUCUUGUCAGCAAAGAGAAUGAGGUAAACUUAGAUAACAAUAAAAGUGACAGAAACAAGGAGCAGAUGUCAGGACCAACACUGAACAACUUGGAAAAUGGAACACAAUUAAUUACCAGCAAAUGUAACUUAUUGGACAGCAGAAUAAAAUUACCACUAACUGUAGAUCAGUCAAGCAAAUUACGGAGGCUGUCAAGAUCUAGAAAUAAAAAAAAGUUUUUUGUUGACAAUUAGUUUUUGCCUCUAUUCAGCAAAAGUUAUAAGAAUCAUGCUAAUUGACAGGAAGAUUAAGUACAAUGUUCUGAAAUAUGUAUAAUUUUAUGUCUCCUAUCCAGGAGCCUUAAUGUCCUGUAAAUAGUAGGAGAUGUCAAAUAAGAGGAUUUUAAAUAUGUGUCUCUUAUUGUCUAUCAUUAAAAUGACCUUUUUGUAUGUUUAUUCUCAUGCAUAAUUCUGCAGUUAUAAUGUACAGUGUAUGCCUCCAGUUAAUAUACUUUAAGUCCUGGGGCAUUCUCAGAAAAAAACACAUUAAAAAAUACAAAAUUUAUUGAGAAUUA